GCUGCUGCUGCUGCUGCUGUUGCUGCUGUUGCUGCUGUUGCUGCUGUUGCUGCUGCUGCUGCUGUUGCUGCUGGUGCUGCUGGUGCUGCUGCUACUGCUACUGCUGCUGCUGGUGCUGCUGCUGAUUAACUUAAGGCCGAGGGAGAUGACUGUUAAAACUACAUAA